AAUACAGGGAAAAGUAAGUUUACAACACGCUUUGGAAAGAAAAACUUUGACAAAUAGUUURCGUUUCAACCGAUCUUCUUGAACUUUGGCGAGAAUAAGAGUUUUCCUAUGCACCAAAGUUCAACAUGAGUAGCAUUACCCUUGGUGUGCAGAGAGAAUCACUUCUAAAUAACCCACUCCUACAAAAGACUGAACUUGGCCGUCCUUUGMGAAGAUGUUUCACUCUUCCWUCAGAUGGAUUUACGUAUGGUAAACCAAAUGAUGGGAAAACAUCUGGAGCAGCUGAUGCACUUGUGUGGAGAUCGGCCCCAAUUCAGACUUCAUUUCACAAGGAGAAGAAAGCCCCUAGAGAUUUUCAAACAUUAAACAAGUCAGCCGUUCAGAUUGGAUUGACAACAGCUCAAGAACAUUUCCAGUACAGAGCAACGCAUGAUGUGAGAAAACUUGAUUCAAGAAAUCAAAAGAAUCAGAGCACAUUACAAAAGAUUAGAUUUCCACCGACAAUGGUAUUUGGAGUUCCAACUAAACCCUCUACACCAGUUUAUGACUUACUGGGUCACAAAUACCAAGAUAGAUGGCUAGAAGAAAGGAGGAAAGCAGAGGAGACAAUGAGAGCAAAACAGAUACAGAAGCGUCAUGUAGACAAAAACAUCUAUGAAACCAGAGCAUCUCUUUUAAGAAAGUUCCAACCUCCUGUUGAUAACCCACCACUGUGGCAAAUGCCAAAGUUUCAAAAGAUUCCAGCACAAAUUGAAAGCUUCAGAUCAGAAAAUGCCAAGAAACAAGCAUUCAAACACCAUGCAACUGACAGCACUUCAAGGAAGGGUGCAUUCGGCCAUGGAAUAUAUGAACCUGCAAAGAGUUGAUUGAACAAAUAUCCAUAUUUCUUUUUAAUAUAAAUCUUAACUGUGUUAUAUGCUUGACUUUUAUUUUCUGUGUGAUUUUACAAAUCAAUUAAACAACUUUUGUGAAAAAAAAA